CGUUAAUGCAACUUGAUAUCUGCUCCUAAAGCUGAAACAGCUUAUCACUGCUUCAACCCAGCUUUUAACCUUCACCUUCACAAAAAGAAUGGAGCGUACAUUGAUCCAGGUUAUCGCCACAAUGAUGGUUUUCCUGACUCUGGGUUUCCAGCCAGUGCUUUCACAGGUUGAGAUUACUAGGACCGGAUGUGGCACAACCAAAUUUUGCCUGGAGGAACCUGUCAAAUGCGACCCUGCAGUAAAUACCACCCCAUGUCUUUUUGGAUCUGGGAAGGCCACUGCCUUCAACAACCUAACUGGCAUUGAUCUCACCUUUGAACUCAGUGGAAACUCUACAGGAUACAUCGCUCUAGGUCUCUCCCAGAAUGCAUCUGUGGGCUCCACCAUGCUUUUCGUCUGUGGUCAAAACAGCUCAAGCAACAGGACUUUCUUCUUCAUGACAAUGACUUUAGACAACGUCAAUGCAAACCUAACAUCACUUGCUAGGAAUGUGACAGGCCUUCAAAGCAGCGUUGUUGGUGAAAACAUCAAGUGCAAGUUUAGUGUUUCUAAUCUGAAUGCCACCGCCACCGCCCUGCAAACCAGGGCCAACAAAGAUACUACCUUUCAAGUGGUCAUCGGAUCUGGACCAUUCGACGGAAAUACACUCGGACGCUUCAACCUUGCUCGAAACAGUGGAUCCCUAGAUCUUUCCGUCUUUCUGCCAAACUCUACAACAAACACCACAGCAGCACCAUCAGGGGCCAACCGUCCUCUCUACUCUAAUGCUGUGUUGCCUCUGCUGAGCUUCCUCACAUUGUCCAUCCUGAAGUUUGCCUGAUCGAGUCCAGAGAUGAAGCCAAAUAUAAACCAACAGACACAGUGAAGGAAGCUGAUUUAAAGCAGCAAAAACCGAGUGUCCUAUUGUUUAUAAAGUGUUUUUAUAAAUGUUUAUUUGCAGACAUAUAGAUUAUAUUUUGCCCUAUUUGUUCUAAGUUAUAGAUGAAGAAACUAAUAAUAUAGGUUCUGAAACCCUAUUUUUUUUAAUGUUGUAAAUAUAUCUAAUAACACAGCCGUUUGGAAUCACUUAGCCUCACAAAUAAUGUUUUUAAAUGCGUUUCUUACUGUGGAAAAUGUGAGCAAGUCUCAUCUGUUUAUUAAGUCUGAUUACAUUCCUUAAGGGGUGCUCAUCCCAGCUCAGGAUUGCCAUAUUGAUAAUUAUUCAGUAGAGACAGUCAUUGGUCGGUUAGCAACACGACAUGAAGAACUCACUUUACCUGAAAAACGUUCUAACUGAAAGAAAGAUUUCAAUUUCCUUUGUGGUCAACCAACAUUCUGAUGUUCAUAGUAAACAGGUUGUCUUGUCACGAUUUGGUUAACCAAUAAGAAAAGCCACCUGAUAAGACACUUGGCAGCAGUCUGCACCUUUUGCAAGUGUGUGGGAGAAUGUGAAAGAUGACUAAACCUUGACAAUGAGGCCAAGGGCCACUUGGACAAGAUGAUGCACAUGAAGCACAUAUUUAUGCAGCCUAUGCUUCCUAACAAGAUAUAGAAGAAAUGAAAUGUGAAGGCAUAAAACAUUUAAGAAGGAAUAAUAGAAUAAUCAGGAGAAAAUGUUGAUAAGCACAUCACAGUUCUGUGUUUAUGACAAUAAACAUUCUGAAUUGAA